GUGAGGCGCGCUUCGGUGCGUCAUUUCCGCCGCGGUGGCGCUGCCUCGUCCUUGCGGCGUUGGCGGCGGCAGAGGCGAUGAAGCUCCCACUUCUUGCCGUGUUUGCCCUGGUGUCUGUGGCUCGCUGUGAGGAUGGCGCCAGGCUCCUGGCCUCCAAAUCCCUGUUAAACAGAUACGCAGUGGAGGGCAAGGACUUGACUUUGCAGUACAACAUCUACAAUGUUGGCUCCAGCGCUGCCCUAGAUGUGGAACUGUCGGAUGAUUCCUUCCCCCCAGAAGAUUUUGGCAUCGUCUCUGGCAUGCUCAGUGUCAAGUGGGACAGGAUUGCUCCAGCGAGCAACGUGUCCCACACCGUGGUUCUACGGCCUCUCAAGGCUGGGUACUUCAACUUCACCUCUGCCUCCAUCACGUACCUGGCUCAGGAGGGUGCCCCGGUGGUGGCUGGCUUCACCAGUGCUCCCGGACAGGGAGGAAUCCUGGCUCAGCGUGACUUCGACAGGAGGUUCUCCCCUCACUUUCUGGACUGGGCGGCAUUUGGCGUGAUGACCCUGCCCUCCAUCGGGAUCCCCCUGCUGCUCUGGUACUCGAGCAAGAGGAAGUACGACACCCCGAAGAGCAAAAGGAGCUGAGCAAAGUCCAAUGCCAGCAGCAGCCCAGAGCUUGGGAAAGGACAACCCCGAACCCCCAGAACAGCGGCUGGGUUGGGAUGGCACAGUCCCCUGCGAGGUGCUGCCUGCGCCGUGCUUCAGCCCUCUGGGCAAAGGAUUCGGUGGCUGCAGCAGCAGCUGUGAGGUGUCCUCUGUGUUCUAAUGGAGAAACAAGCAAACAGAAAAAAGAACAACCAGAAGUCCCAAAGUGCCUUGUCCAGCCCCUUUGGAGGUGGAACCCCUCUCUCCUCUGCAGCUGCAGCAAUCCCAGCAGCACAGCAUGUUAGUGCCCAGAGGGGCCUGUCUGUGGGGCUCUGCCCCUGUGCUGCCUCCAGCUCCCAUCUGCCUGCUGCAGUUUUCUGCAGGGUAUUGUUAAGAAUGUGUUCAGUCUCCUGUGAAAAUUUAAAAAGUUUAAUAAAGGACAAUAUGAGACAAGGACAAGCAAA